AGUAAUCCAUGGGCGACAAAACAGAGCGUCUGAGCUGCAUGUGAACCUCCGAAUGCGAGGCCAGGAGCUGGGCUGCAGUACUGUGGACCAUGUAAUGUGGCAGAGGGUUUCCAAUGGAGGAGACCAUGAUGACGGCGGGGCAGGACAAGCCACAGAAGCGGGUGAGAUUCCGCGUGGCUUCGGGGAACAGCGGCCGGGUGCUGAAGGAGAUGUUCAAGGAUGAGGGGCCUUCAGACUCCCUGGACUCAGACUGCACCAGCAGCUCUGACGCCGAGCGGGCCAGCACCCCCUCCACCAGCGGGGACGCACACGGACACCUGUACGGAUACCUGGGCUCUGAGCUGGACGACAGCGAGGGGGAACCGGAUGACCUGCUCAUGUACGCAGGGGCAACCAAAGACUGGAUGUUCACCACCAAGAGGGUCAACAUACUGAGUAAAAAUGGGACUGUGAGGGGGGUCAAGCAUAAAGUGACAGCAGGACAGACCCUGUUUGAGAACCUCCCCACUUCCAGCAGUAUGGAAUUAGCGCUUGAAUUUGGGCGGAUUGUGAUCUACACUACAAGUUUCCGUGUCGUGAGAACCACCUUUGAGCGAUGUGAGCUGGUGAGGAAAAUCUUCCAGAACCACAGGGUGAAGUUUGUAGAAAAAAACAUCGCCCUGGAUGGCGAGUAUGGAAAGGAGCUGGAGGAACGCUGCAAACGUGUAGGAGAGCCUCCUUCAUUACCUGUUGUGUUCAUUGAUGGACACUACCUUGGGGGGGCUGAGAAAAUCCUAGGCAUGAAUGAAUCAGGAGAGCUACAAGAUCUUCUGACAAAAAUUGAGAGGGUGCAGCAUCCCCAAACGUGCCAGAACUGUGGGGGCUUUGCCUUCAUCCCAUGCCCAACGUGCCAUGGCAGCAAGAUGUCUGUGUUCCGCAACUGCUUCACGGAUUCCUUCAAAGCCCUCAAGUGCACUUCCUGCAAUGAAAACGGCCUGCAGGCUUGUACGAGCUGCAGCCAGUGAAGAUCUUAAGUGCCUGACCUGAUGAUAUCCCUCUUUUUCUUAUUUUUAUUUUUUUCUGGGACAAUAAACUGAACUAGCAGAGACAUGACACACAGCAGGAUUUAUUUUUCUUCCAUGGCCAUUGUUAGUUUGAAACAAGCAUUUGUAAUAAAAUCUGUGAGUUUGAGUCAUUCAUUAAUGAUA